UUCAAUAUGCAUAAAGAAAAAGAAGGAAGGAUGUUUGUAGGUGUUGUUUGGAAUUGUGCUGGUGAACUCAAACUCAUACUCACUGCUCUUCUUUUUCUUUGUUCUCUUAUCACUCUUCUUCACUUGAUUCCUUCUCGUUUUAAUUUCUCCCCAAACGAUCUUAAUAAUCUUAACAACUGUAUUUCCACUAAUACUACUACUACUCCACCAUCACCGUCACCACCACCAGAGUCAUUGGAGAAAGAUAGAGUCCUUCAAAACGGCGUUAUUAAACGAGUUUUUAACCCGUUUGGUUCAGCUGCAUACAACUUUAUUUUAAUGUCUGCUUAUAGAGGAGGUUACAACACUUUUUCUGUUAUGGGUUUAGCUUCUAAACCACUUCACGUAUAUGGUAAACCAAGUUAUUUAUGUGAGUGGGUCCCUUUUAAUAAAAACCAAACCCCCAUCUCCGUUAUUGGUAACAAAAUACUUCCUGAUUGGGGUUAUGGUAGAGUUUACACUGUAUUAGUCAUUAAUUGUACUUUCCCUGUAGCCAUUAAAACUACCGGAAAACUACUAAUUCACGCCGCUACUAACGGCGGUGGUGGUGACAGUAAUGUUAACGUUACUGACACUUUCGUGGCGUUAACGGAAACGGAAACCGAUUUCAUUAACUUUAAAUCCAUAUUUGAAGCUCCACCAAAGUAUGAUUUCUUGUAUUGUGGAUCGUCUUUAUAUGGGAAUUUAAGUCCACAAAGAGUAAGAGAAUGGUUAGCAUUUCAUGUUAGGUUGUUUGGUGAGAAAUCACAUUUUGUAAUACAUGAUGCUGGAGGUGUACAUGAAGGAGUAAUGGAGGUACUUAAACCAUGGAUGGAUUAAGGAUAUGUUACAUUACAGGAUAUUAGAGACCAAGAGAGAUUUGGUGGGUAUUAUCAUAAUCAGUUUCUUGUUGUUAAUGAUUGUUUACAUAGGUAUAAGUUUCAAGCUAAAUGGAUGUUCUUCUUUGAUGUGGAUGAGUUCAUUUUUGUACCUAAGAAGAGUACUAUUAAGUCUGUUGUCGAUUCGUUAUCGGGUUAUACACAGUUUACUAUUGAGCAGAUGCCAAUGUCGAAUAAGCUUUGUCUUGCUGAGGAUCGCGGAAAAUCUUACAGAAAAUGGGGGUUCGAGAAGCUAGUAUACAAGGACGUGAAGAGGGGUAUUAGGAGGGAUCGAAAAUAUGCAGUGCAACCUCGCAAUGUAAUCGCCAACGGUGUGCAUAUGUCUCAGAAUGUUGUAGGCAAGACGACACACGACAAGACAGAGGGGCGUAUCAAGUAUUUCCACUAUCAUGGGACCAUUGCAGAGCGCCGCGAGCCAUGCCGACAGCUGGUCAACGCCACGGCGAUCACCGUUGACCGCACCCCUUAUGUUGUGGAUACAACAAUGAGGGAUAUUGCUGCAACUGUUAAGAGAUUCGAACUUAAAAUGAUUGGCUCUACAUUACAAAGAACACGACAAUGAGGUCAACUUUGCCGGUGCUUUCUUUUCAACGUGUUAUUACUUUUUAAGUUCUUUUGGUUAGAGCUAUAUAUAUUCUUCGCUUGAUCAUUUCUGUAUGAUAUAAAUUAUCUUUUACUUUUGGAAAUAGAAACAGGGGUAUAGAGACAAGCAUUAGUAUAUGAUUCGUUAUUACAGUAUAUUGUAGGAUUACAGGGUGUUUUGUACUAGUUUGUCUAUGUUUAUAACAUUAUUUUAUUCGCUCUCAUUCACUGGUA